CGGUGAGCAACGCUGUAGUUGCUAACCUCGAGCGUCACGUGACCGACGUAAGGCGUGUGGGCCCAGUCCUUGUAGAGAAUGCGUUGUCUCUGUACGGUAGUAUAUUGAUUUCACGGCAGUUUGUGCACGGUACGUGGCAUACCAUGUCUGACACUGGCACACUAUGGACAGUAUGAAGUUUCUUUUUUUUUUGUUUGUAGUCGUCAUUAUCACCGACAGACAGAAAUACAUUUUUGUUGCGAAGUCAGCAGGGAAACGUUUACCUUCCGGGUGCUCCACUGAUCCUGUGGACGCGCACAGUGGUAUGAUGAAAAGGCUCAGACAUCAUGUGUAGGUGCGCUUAGGAAGUCGGAUAUCAAGAGUCAUGAGUGUGAAAACAAUAAUGAGGCGUUGGCCGGAGAGAAUAUACAUACUCUGCAAACCACCGCCAUCUGACAGACCUUGAGGUCGCAUCUGUCGUUGCGCUAAUCAAGUCAGGGGGCACACACGUGAGUGUUACAAGAAGGAAACAUGCUGCAGCAGAUUCUUCGUGAUAUGUACAUUGACCCUGACCUCCUGGCUGAGCUUGAUGAAGAACAAAAACAGAUUUUGUUUGUGAAGAUUCGUGAGGAGCAGGUGAGACGAUGGAAACAAAGAGAAGAAGAGUAUGAGAAGGAAAAUGUGAGCAAACCCAAGAAACAUCCCAAACAAGGAGCCAAGAAGGUUGACUUUCUGAAGGGGCGAGAUGGAAGUGAAUGGGUGUGGGUGAUGGGUGAACACAAAGAUGAUCUUUCUAUAGAACAGAUUUUGGAGCGGGAGGCUCAGCGGAAGGCCCUUUUUCAGGCAGAGGAAGAAGCAGCUGAACAAAGGGAGAAGGAAGAGAGAGAACUGAAGCAAAAGAUUGAGGAAGAAAGGCGCCGCAUGCAAGAGGAAAAUGAGCGCCUAGAGAAGGAAAUAAAGAAAAAGAAAGAAGAGUCAGUCCUUUAUCAAUCUAUUCAUGAGGCCAAGGUCAUGGUAGCUAAGAUGGAGGAGGAGAAGCAGCAACGUCGGCAGAAAGAACAGCAGAGGCUGGCAGAACUUAGUGAAGAACAGAAGCGUCUGAGGCGAAGAUCGAUGGAAAUGUUAGACACAGUAAAGAAAAGGCGAAGCACAGAAAUAUACUCGCAGUGGAAAGAAACGCGGCAGAAACUGGAAAAGCAGGCAGAAGAAAACAGCAAAGAAGUAGAGGCAUCAUGGAAACUGCAAGAACAAAAGGCAAAGGAAGCGGACAAAGAAUUUAGGGAACUUGCUCAGAGAGCCCGCACAGACUACAUGGAAUCUCUUCGAAGGUCAAAGAUAAUUGUGGGAGCUUCAAAAGCAUUUAAUGGUGCAAGGCCUUUGUCUGAGUGUAAACCUGCCAUACCACCAAAGAAACAUCUGCAAAGCAACAGCUCGUCUGGAGGGGGCAGAACAAAACCAAGGCCACUUCGUCCCCGGAAUCGCAGCAUGGUGAUAGAUUGGUUUAUACGGGAAGAAAAAGCAAAAGGUGUUGGGCUGGACCCAUGCACUGAAAAGGUGGCAAAAUGGUUUCAUGGUGUUAUAAGUCGCCAAGAAGCUGAACAACUUCUUGCUGAUAAGGAUGAUGGCUUCUUCUUAGUACGAGUAAGUGAAAGAGUCUGGGGCUACACCAUCUCAUAUAAAGAAAGACAUCGAUGUAAACAUUUCUUGAUUGAUUCCACAGAACAAGGAUAUCAAUUCUUUGGUGUUGAUCAAGCAUUACACAAGUCUUUGGCUGAGCUGGUUCAGUUUCAUAAGGAAACACCUAUUACAGUAUCAGGAUCAGAAAAACUUUUGUAUCCAUGUGGACAAACUUCUGACCCACCUGAUUACUGGGAGUUGUUCCAGAACCAGCAGGCAGAAUCUACUACUCUGUAACCCAAGGAAACAAAUAAUAAUAAGUGCAAAAUUUGUAAAGCCCACUCCUAAGGAGUAUGCUCUUAGCGCUUAAAAUGGUAUCUACUGUCUACUUAUUGUGUGGAUAUAUAUCUAUGUACUCACACUGCCAUCAAAAUAUGUGGUCCUGUUUAGUCAUGGAGGCAAAAUGGAACACAAACUUUUCAUGUGAUAAUAUAAUUAAAAAGGGUAAUACAGAUACAUAAAGAUCAAACUUUGCUAAGGAUGUGCAUUUAACUACGUGGCAGUUUCUGAUCAGUUUAUCAUGCAGGCCAUAUGAAACAUGCAGUUUUAACCUGGCAAAGGAUCAGAGUUCUUUCAAAAAAUUUUCGUGCAGAGGUACAAAGAGCUGACUUCAGAAGUUUUACUGAGGAGUAGCAUUCUAGCAAUAUUUAAUAGCUUUUGAUCCUUUUAACAUUACAGAAGUACUGUCAGAGAAAUAAUUGCAAUUCAUGAAACCACUAGUGGCGUCAAAAAUAAGAGAAGCAUUAAAGCUUGUUCCUGACAGCAGGCUUGUCUUUCUAGCUUAUCUAAAAGAAGAGAUUCUAGUCAUGGGCUUCUAGAUUGUUUCAAGAGGAGCUAUUUUCCAUGUGAUGGUAAAGGAAGUGGGUUGGUGAAUAGGGACUAAAUGUGCACAUAACUUAUGAAGUCCUGAGGUUAAAGUCUUGGCAUCUUACUGGAGACUAUUUUGUAGUUUAAAAUUCAUUGCACAAAACAGGGAAAGAAUCAUGAAAACAAUACAAAUUUGUUGUGUCUUGAAUUAAAAGUAGUUCAAAAUUAUUGCCUGUUUGUAAUGUAAAAUCUUACUUUUUUAUGUAGCUAUUGGAUUAUUGGAAAAGUCAUGAUGUGUUUUUUUUCUGUUUUUCAAAGGUCAUUUAUUUAUAUAAAGAACAAAGAUCAAUCGAUGAUACAUUGUCUGGUUUUGUUCGAUAACCUUCUGCCAUCUUUUAGUGAACUUGUUCAUAGAAGGAUGUCUUUAUCGAUAAACUGAACAAGGUGCUGAUUUACGCCUCAUCUUAAACUGAAAGUUAUACCAUGCAAGGAGUUUUGAAGAGAGUAUAACAAGUAGAAGUCAGAUGGUGCAAGGUCAGCCAAGUAUUGUGGGUGUGGCAACACAUCCCAUCCAAGCACCAAUAAUUUUUUAGAACACCAUUUCAAAUGUUUGUGGUCUCAUGUUGUCCGGAUAGAACACAACUCCUUUAUGAUCAACGAGCUCUGGAGUGCUUAUUGGAAUGAUUGUUUUUUUUUUGGUUUUUUUGUUUGUAUUUUUUUUUGGUGGGACCUCAAAAACAAGACAGCUUUAAAAUCCCACCACUCUAAGAGCAUAACCUUUCCUCUGAUGAAUAUAAUCAUCAGGCCAGGACCAAGACGUUUGUACACCAUAUUGUUGUAAACAAUACCCCCCAAAAAAGAUCGCUCUCCUAACAUUUAAGGAGCAUGUGAGGUCACAAGGAAUCGAAAUAUCAAGUUUGCUUACAUAUCCUUGGUUAUUCAGGUGGUUGUGAACACUUGAAUGAUGGAUUUUCAAUGUUUCUGCAAUCUCUUGUGUCAUGUAUCGUGGGUUUGACUUGAUCAAUGCCUUUGUUGUCAUCAACGUCAGUGGGGCACUCUGACCAAGGAGCAACACUGAGAUCAAAAUCACCAGCACAGAAUUUCGUGAACCAUCGUUGGCACUGAAGUUCUUGUAGAGCAUAGUCACAGUAAACUUUACCCAACUUUUCACAAGCUUGAUAUGCGUUCUUCACUUUAUGGAAGUAAAACAUUAAAAUAAGGCAAAAAUACACAGUUUAGUUUUCUUAUCUUCAACUUCAAAAUCUCCAAACCUCAACCAAAUCGUUAUUUUUUUUUUUGUUGUUUAAAAGAAUGAAGCUAUAACUUUCAGCUGUCAAAUGACCUAGCAAUAACACUGAUGCAAAUAACUCUAGUACUUCCAAAAAUGAAAUAGCGCCAUCUGUCUCAAAAAUGCAUCAUGACUUUUCUGACAACCCAAUAUUUCAUGGUUUGGAAUUAAAAAUAAAAAAAGAAACAACCUAUUUGGUUAAUCACAGCUACUAUAAAACUAAAAUAGUAUUGCUUUUUUGCAUUUCAGUGUUUCUGAAGUCCAAAAGAAAGUAUAAAGCUUGUACCAUUAUUCCCAAGAAAUCCAUUGUCACUGUUCUAGUGAUUCAAAGAAACCAGUUAUUAUUGCCACUUAACUCAAGAAUUAUAUCUCAGGAAUCCAUUUCUAUUUACAAAAAGUUUCUUCCACAAUGAUGAAUUAAUGAAAAAGAUUUCUUCAUGUCUGACAACAUGUCACUGCCAUUUUCUGUGAGAUGUUUGGUGAAAGUAUUAUCUGCUUAUGAGUUAUUAGUCUGAUAUUCCAUCAUUGUUGGUGAUAAGAUCUCUCCAUGAACUUGUGUUACUGGACUGCUUGCAGACGAUUUUUUUUUUCCAUUUAACUACUAAAACGAGGCUGGUGUAUACAAAGCUUCCGGUUUAGUCACAUUCAUUGUUUAGGCUCACGAGACUGAUAGCAGAGAACUCCGCAAGAGGCUAAGCAUUGGUCUUCGCAGACAGACAGCAGUCCACCUAUACACGUCCAUGAUCUCACAGAUGGUGUGAGUUUUUAAAGGGAAGUAAUAUGCUGAAGAAAUGAUCUUGAGACUCCACAGCAAAUUCCUUUUUUUAUAUAUGUACACCCUUUGAUGAGAACGUGAUAGAAUAUCUUGAGAGUGAAAGUGUAAAGAAUGGUGUCAAGGAACCCUUUCAUAAAGCUGAACAAAUGACCUUCAUUGCCUUUAGUCUUGAAGCACUGUCACAGAGCCGUGCGUUGUCCUAAGUAAGACAGGUAUUUUACCACCCGUUUUUAUUAUUUUGGCCUCACAAUUUCUUUACCAUCUAUUUUGGAUAUACUAUAAUCAGUUUCCAUACAGAUUGAUCCUCUGCAGCAGGAAAGUUAGCCAAGAUGACCAAGGUGAUUACACGACUGUAGAUUAUAUGCUGUGCCUUUCAUAUCUCUAAUAUCUGGCCUCUUGAUAAAUUUUUGCACGCUUUCAAGAUUAUUUCUUAAGUAUUUGAACCCUACGAAAACAACCAUAUUUAUCACUCCAUAUACUUUAGGACUGAGUUUGAGGGUUUUGAUUUGUUUUUUAUACAGUAUACCAAGCUGUGAAACCUUGUGUGCAAUUCUUAGCUUUGCAACAAAUAUUAGAUCAGUUCAGGAUUCAGCAACACUUGGAGAAGCACAGACUUUUUCAGAUGAAUCAUGUUGUGAGAUAUAGUGAUAUUCUACAUUUUUACCAAGGAUUUCUAUCUCAACAUUAACAGACCUGAAAACUGGAGAUGCAAGAAGAUGCAUGCUGCUAAAACAAUAUCUUUGUAAUUCACUUUAUAAUCCAUCAUUUUGGAUUGAUAUAAACACUUCAAAUACCAGUUCUGAAUAUACCUUUCAUGAGAUCAUUAUAGUUGGAUGUAUUACCAAAUUUUUUGAAUUAUUAGCAUUAAUAUUUUCUUGAAAGUGCUUAAAACUGUGCAACAUACUGAAGCAAAAGAAAAAUGAAUAACUAAUCUAAAAAGAAACAUUGUAUGUAGCACCAUCAAAAUAAUUUUUCUUGCACCUGUAUAGCUUUUACCUUUUUGUAGUGGGGGGAGGUGAGGGGUGAAAUUUUCCGUAUUAUGAACUUUAAUUUAAACACAAAAUUAUUCACUUCAAAAGAUAAAAGCCAUUAUGAUUGGUCAUUGAUGUCUUACACCAAGUCAGCAUCUGAAGGUACAUUACAGCAAGCUAGUCCAGUGCUGAAUUACAUGUGCUGAAAGUAACAACAUUGUUGUGCUGAAAGACUGGAUUUUGUAAAAGAACUGUCAAGUGACAAAGGGAUAUAUCUGUGUUUAUACCAGAAGAAUAUACUUACCACUGUAUUGUAAACCAUAUAUCUGGGCUGUAAUUGGUUUUGGUCACUUGAUAAACAGCCUUUUGUUACCAAAUAUAGAUGGAUGGUUUCUUGUGGAUAUAAUUUUCAUAUCACAUGUAUGUCUACAGCUCAGAUCUAGAGAUCGAAAAAGUACAAGAUGAAAAUCCAGGAGAUGAGUGUGCAUACACACACAUGCAAGCAACAUUUCUUGCCUUUGUUGUUAAAUGCAUGUCUGGGAAUAUAUUGUUUUUCUAUCAAUAAAGUACAUACAUUA